AUGUCAAAUCGCAAAGCGAAACUCCCCUCGCAUUUUUGCGAAUGGGUAGUUGGAACAACAAUCGAAUCUGUUAUCGGCGCCAUCCCUAAGAACAAACCCCUUAAGAAGCGAGACGUCGUACGUGUUGCGGUCACCACUGAUGAUGAGUCCGAAGAGGACACCGUCUCGGUCACCUACCCACGCACUGGACGCAACUAUACACCUCCGCCUGCCAACGAAGCAAAGGCCGUGGUCAAGAAGAAGGUCCGGUUUGAGGCUCGCCAAAAUGGCCCCCUCAAAUCUGCUAUGAAGCAGACCACCACCACAACUCCCAAAGACUCCUCAGAUGAGGCAUCCGACUCCGGUCCAGAAACCGAGUCAGACUCUAGUCAGUCGGCAUACAUAUCAAGCUCUGAUGCCACCGAUUCUGAUGUUGAAUACUCAGUUGAGUGCGUCAAGCACAAAAGGCAGAGAAAGAAGAAGCGCAGACAGACACAGGCCGAAGAAGACACCGAGAGUGACUGGGACUCUGAUCCAGCACCAGACUGUCCCUGCCAGAGAUGUACAAAGGGCCGACAGAUAUUGCAAAGAGUAUGCCAGAAAAGGAGCAAGGAAAUCACCCCGCCAAGCCCCGAAACCUCUGAUUCGGACGAAGAAGCACCCCCCAACACUAAGCAACAAUCUGGUAAGAACAAGAGGAGGUGUCUAAAGAAAGCAAAACCAACAGAGCCUGACCCCAAUACUUCUGACUCAGAUUCAGAGCCUGAGAUCCUAGCACUUAAGAAACGGAGCCAAACCAAAAAUCAAGGCAAGCAGACAAAUGGAAAGGAACAGCAAAUCGCGCUCCAGGCUCCUAUGACCAAAAAGGAACGAAAAGCAAUGAACAAAAAGGCUAAGCAGCAGCAAGAGCAAGAGAUUGAAGGCGAAACCUCUGACUCACCCAAGGAAACAGAGGAGGAAACUGAACCGGAAGAGGAGCCCAAGAAACAGAACAAAGGCAAGCAGAAGAAUAACAAGAAGCAGAAAGGAGAACAGAAGAAACAGGAACCGGAAAAUGAAACCAAUAAAGACCAAGAGGCUGCCCCAGCUGAUAAGGCCCCCGAAGCUUCCAAGGACACAGAUCAAGGCAAGUUCAGAACUAUGAAAGGAAAAGCAAAGGCACAGCCUAAAAAAAAGGAUGGAGUCAAGAAGGGCAAUUAUCCCGAAGGACUACCAGUUCCUCAUAUGCGUCGACCACAGCUUGUCGAGCCCAUCAGGGCUCAGGUCGUUCUGAUAGAGCGCGUGAUCAAAAUUCCACAAGAUCCAGCACCUAACGCUUACUACGAUGCAGAACUCAAUAUCCUGAGAGCUUACGACGGCCCUGCCUACGGCAAUCACCAAAGCAAUGCGUUAUACCCAGAGCGUGACGCCUUCGGUCGCCCUCUGCCGAUGGGCCAGCCUCAUCCCAUGCAGAACCCUUUCUACUAUGGCUUCAACAACCCGCAGCAGUAUCCCAACUAUCCACAGAUGCCACCAUUCCACCAGGGCUACGCAGGAGCUCCUCCGCCCCCGGAUGCAUACUCACAUGUUCCCAUCACACAAGGGAUGGCCCCUCCUCCGUGGUAUGCCAUGGGUCCUCCUCCAGGAGUUCCCCCCUCUGGCUACUAUGGACACAGGAGCCCUGAAACCAACAAGAACACUCCGGUUUCCAAAGCGGAGAAAAAUAACGUUGGCCCUCCUGGAAGUCUUACUGGCCAGGACAAUCCAUACUACAAGAGAAAGUCACAAAACAACGGAUGGGAAAGCCACCGUUCUGUACCCAAGGAAAAUGGCCAUCCACCAGGUUCCGAUAAGGCUGGGUCCAACAGGUCCAACGGAUCCAACGACUGGAACAAGAAUAACGAUCCAGUAGCUAGCUGGAACGAUGGAGUACCUGACAACAAAGGCCAAGAUGAUUGGCCCGCAACCGCCCCAGACAACAACCAGAACGGAAACGACUGGGGUACAAGUGACGAUCAGGCAGUUAAAGAUUGGAAUGACAGGAUCACUCAGGAUAGUAAGCCGGCCGAAUGGCCAAUAUCACUACCAACUGGCGAACAAGAUCAGAAGCAAAACGGCUCAGGAGAUGGCUCGAGCCAUUCUAACAGGAGCAAUGAUACUUUGAAAAAGAUCGGAGCUCAUUGGGGCGAGGACACUUACCCAGGCUGUUGCCCCCCUAGCACCUGGGGUGAACAACAGACCACAAGCAGCGUGGGGCAAUCAGCUGACAACAACGUGGGCAUCUGGGCUCCCACGGACGUGAAUGGGAGUGGGAAUGGAGACGGGAACCAGAACCCUCCGGCAGUAGGAGGAGAUGGUGACAACAUCAUGCCUGGGACAUGGGUUGACGGCACUGAAACUGUGCCAGCCUGGGGAGAUGCUACUGCAGCACAGGACACGAACGGCAAAGCCAUACACUGGUAA